AUGAUUGAACAAGAUAAACAUGCUCGUUUACAAGUACAUAUUUUAUAUAAUGAAACACGCCCAUCGUCAAAUCUAUCCUAUUUAAAAGAAAUAUUACCAUUUGGUAGUUCAUUUAAAAGUACAUUAUAUUUAGGAGGUUUACUCGAAUCUUUUCAAUUAUUUCAUCGUCGUAUGAUAUUAUCAAGUCGAAUAAUUGAAUUUCGUCUAUAUUCAACAUAUAUUUAUAUUGGUAGUUAUCAUUAUUUAUGCAGUUAUAAUGAACAAUAUUGUCGUACAUAUUGUGGAUGUUAA